CCUACCACCUGAUUACUACAUGUGUGAUUCUAAAACUACCUAGGCUGAAUACCUAAGCAGGCACACAUGCAUAAAUGGCCUCAAUGUUCUACAUAAAGAUGCCCUACUGACAUUCUAUGCGAUACGCUAAAGAGACUCAAAUAAGAACACCGAUAUCUCCGGCGGGCUAAGUGAAGCCCCACCAUACGUCCCCCAUGUCAAUGCCCCUCCGUGCUGCGGUUUACCCCUCUGACUCAAAAAUGCUUCCAGGUAUUAUUGUAUUCCAGUAACACGUCCCUUAAAAUUAGUCACCACCAAAAAAAAUCCAAAAAAAUAAGGUGCGACGGCAGCUAGGAGCAACUGCAAUUUUGUUUUCCAUCGCAACUUAGUAUACCCCCCCUCUGCGUAUUCCUUACUUCGCCAACAUGACUCCCGAAGAAUCGAUCGCGUUAAUCAAGUCCAACUUGACCGAAGUCCUCAACCCUGAAAUCAUCGACGAUGUGAUUCUCAAUCAAAAGCGAGACCUCAAGGUCUAUUGGGGAACGGCCACGACAGGCAGACCGCACUGCGGGUACUUCGUCUCGAUGGUCAAGAUCGCAGAACUCCUCCACGCCGGAUGCCACGUCCGAAUCCUCCUUGCCGAUCUCCACGCCUACCUCGACAACAUGAAGGCGCCGCUGGAAUUGAUCGAGCAGCGCGUCAAGUACUACGAGUUUAUUGUCAAGAGUUUGUUAAAGGCUGUUGGCGUGGAUAUUACGAAGCUCGAGUUCUUCAAGGGAAGUUCUUACCAGAAGAGCGAGAAGUACACAAUGGAUCGGUUCAAGUUGGAGGGCAUGACAAGAAUAUCGGUUGCGCAGAAGGCAGGUGCCGAAGUUGUUAAGCAGACGGCCGACCCGUUCUUGGGCGGUCUGACCUACCCCCUAAUGCAAGCGCUAGACGAAGAGUACCUCGACGUCGACGCGCAGUUGGGCGGUCUUGACCAGCGCAAGAUCUUCACGUUUGCUUUGGAAAACCUACCGAAGAUUGGCUACAAGGUUAGGGCUCACCUGAUGCACUCUAUGGUAGCCGGUUUAGGAGAGGCGCAAAAGAUGAGCUCCAGCGAACCAGACUCCAAGAUCGACUUGCUAGAUACCCCUGAGGUGGUAGCGAAGAAGUUGAAGAAGGCUGUAUGCGUGCCCAAGAAGAUUGAAGGCAACGGUGUGGUAGCCUUCGUAGAACAUGUCAUCUUCCGGGUGGUGUCCAUCAAGACUGGUGGAAAGCCCCAUUUCACAGUGACGAGACGAGACGAAGAGCCUCUCAUCUACGAUGACAUCGAGAAGUUGAAGGCGGACUACGAGGCUGAUAUACUCACUCCCCAGCUACUAAAAUCUGCUUUGACGAAUGCGCUGAACGAACUCCUGGAACCCAUUCGCAGCGACUACGAAGCAUCAGAGGAAUGGCAGAAGAUCGCAGAACUAGCUUACCCGUCUGAAGCGAAACAAACAAAGGUGAAGAAGCAGAAGGAUAAGGGUGACCCGGCUAAGCGUGCUGCUGCACUUGCUGCGAAGACAGAGCAGUUAAAACUGAAGGAGGGUGGAGGUGAAGAAUCGAAAUAGAAAGAAAGAUGAAUAAAUGUGAAUACCGGUACCUAAGUGCUUAAACUAGAUCAAUUGAUAUCUCGUAGACUCAUAAGUACGAGGUUGAAUGAACUGUUGUGUAGUAUAUGGAUUUCACAGGUGCAUAGUACCACAUUUCAAUGUUGUACCUAGGGUACCUAACUUAACGUGUACCUAGUAAAGCAGCUAAUUGUAGGC